CCGUUAGUAGACUGCAACCGUCUCAGCAGGCGGGUAGGCAAAACCGGCGAAGGAGGAGUCAGAUUUUUUUUUUUUAGCGUGUCCGCGGCAUCGCCGCCAGAGUCUAUAACAUGUCUUUCAAAAAUAUAUACUACUCCGACAAGUAUACGGAUGAAAAGUAUGAAUACAGGCAUGUUAUGCUGCCAAAAGAGUUGGCAAAGCAAGUACCAAAAACACAUCUAAUGUCUGAAGAAGAAUGGCGAAGACUUGGUGUACAACAAAGCCUUGGCUGGGUCCAUUACAUGAUCCAUGAACCAGAGCCGCAUAUACUACUUUUUAGGAGACCCCUUCCAAAAGACCAACAGAAAUGAACUGCUUUCUUCACGUCUAUCUUUUGGGACAAUCUGUACAUAAUGUAGUAUUCAGUGAAUACAAAGACUAUGAUCCUUUCAACCACAGCUGUGCAAGAGCUGUAUUCUUAACAGCAAAAGAGCUCAGUUAGUGCACCUACAGAUGGAGCUGCUAUUGUGUUAAUUUCUUUUCAUUUGUCUGUCGUUCUGCUAUCACUCCUAGUGAAUACUUGGACCACUUCUUUAAUAAAGUUUACAUGUUUCAUGCAUGUCUAAUCUUA